AUGGGAAACAACAAAUCCGUGCAUGGACAUAAACUUACUCAGGUCCAGGAGGAGGAAUAUUUUGGGCACUAUGGAAGCCAUGUCAUCCACGCCAAAAGAUCUGGGAGAACUAAUUUGACCAGAUCUACGUCUAAAAAUUCGCUAAAUUCGCUUGUGUAUAGAAGUGCCCAUCCAUCCACAUCCAAAUACAAUUCCCCUGCCAGUAAUGGCGCGAAACCCGUAAUUAGUUCUCCGUCUGAUUUGGAAAUUGACAGUUUUAUGGAAUAUGAGGAUCAGUUUGAAUAUCUAAAUGAUUACAUCAAUACACAUCCUGACAUACUGACCCUUGGCAAACAAGAUUCGAUGGAUAAUUGUACAUUAGUCAUUAAUCAGUCAAAAGGCUCCAAUAAUGAAAGUGAUAAAUUUUUUAAAGAUAAAACGGACAUUUCUACCAAUUCCUCAAUUUCAAGUCUGGGUUAUGGGCAGCCUUCAGCCAAAAAAUGUUUAAUAGAGGAUUCAUAUGAUGGAGUAACUAAAAAUGAUGGAUGCCGAUUAAUUUAUAGCACAAUCCACAUCCCAGAUGGAUCAACUCAUCAAGGCCAUUGGUUAAAUGGUUUACAGCAUGGCUUGGGCUCUGAAAAGUGGGCUGACGGUGCUACCUACCAUGGGGAAUAUUUGCAUGGUAAGAAACACGGCUUCGGACAAUUCUACUGGCCCAAUGGCAACUCUUAUGUUGGCAGAUUUGUCGAUGGUCAGAUAAAUGGUAUAGGCACUUUCAUUUGGAAUCAGGGGAAGAGGUAUACAGGAGAAUGGAAAGACAACCAAAUGCAUGGACAUGGCGAAUAUGUUUGGCCAGAUGGGAGAAUUUAUCGCGGUGAAUUUAUAAACGGCAAGAGGCAUGGAGUUGGACUUUUUGAAUGGGGGGACGGACGAAAAUAUCAGGGAGGGUUUAAAAACGGAACUCAACAUGGCAUGGGGAUAUACUUUAAUACCAAAGGCAUUGUACAACAUGGGAUUUGGAACAAUGGUAAAAACACAAAAUGGCUCGACCCACACAACACUACCACUAUAGAUAAAUCUGAUAUUAGAACUAAGGGUGAUAAUGAUAAAAUUAAUUUACCAAUUAACAUUCACAACCCCCCAGAUUCUAUUAAAGGGAAGGAUCCAUGCCUUAAUGAUGGAAAGCAUGAAGCAGAUGAAGAUUAUGAAAGAGUCUUUAAAUGA